CGCAUGCUCAGUACGAGGUUUCAGAUUUUUUGUGUAUUCUAAGGUGUUACGGCAAUGAAUCCAGCAGUUUCAGCAAGUCCCGUUGAAGACAUUGUUGGAGAUAGACGUUGGAUGGACAUGCACGAACGGUUUGUUGAGGAGGCACAAACUAUAAAAACAGACUUGUUAUUUCUCGGAGACUCAAUAACUCUAUUCUGGAAGCAAUCAGAGGAGUGGAAACUCUAUUUUAAACCACUUGGAGCUCUGAAUUUUGGAGUAGGUGGUGAUGCUACACAACACUUGCUUUGGAGAAUACAGAACGGAGAACUGGAGCCACUGAAUCCAAAGGUAAUCGUUUUGUUAAUCGGCACUAACAACUUUACACAACAACAUUCAAAUGAGCAAGUGUGUGAAGGAAUCAUCACAAUUGUGAAAUACAUCAUCGAGCAUAAACCACACACAAAAAUACUUCUUUUGGGGAUUCUUCCGAGAGGUCAUAGACCUAGUCCUGUGAGGGAGAAAGUUGAAAAGAUCAAUGAGUCUGUGAGGUUGUUAGCAAGUGAGUUUCCGGCUGUUCAAUAUCAAGACGUAGGUUACUUGUUUCUUAACAAAGAUGGAAUACUCAGUAGUGAGGACAUGCAUGACUACUUGCAUCUCACUCAUUUAGGAUACAGCAAGCUGAGCAAAGUUGUGCACGAAUCUGUGACUCAAAUGUUGAAAUAAUUGCAGUGUGACACAACAAGCUAGUCCAUGGGCUUGUCUUCGGUUAUCUAGAAAAUGAACUUACAUUUAGCUGUAAAGAGUGGUCUAGUUGGUUUAUGAGUUUCUGGCCUGCCAUUCACUUGCAGUGUCUUAUGGACUUCUCUUAGGCUGAGAUAGACUUGAAGUGUAUGAUUGGUGUGACUGCCUUGAAUCUAUUGUGCCAGCUAGUUGGCAUGGUGACCUCUUCUCAAUAACUAAUUUGACU